AAAAGUGUCCUUAACUCUCUUUUGACCUAAUCUCAGACGGUACUGCAUUCGUUAGUCAUUACUGCCUCGUCGAUGAAGAGGAAGUGUUUGAAAUCCCUGUUUGAGUUUGCUGCAUUGUGCAGCAAGUAUUAGCAUGCAUGUCCCUUUAUACAAGACAACCAUGUCUUCUUUCAAUCUUUUAAAAUAAACUUUUUGUAUUCUAUCAUAUGUAACUACUGGUGUAGCCAUACAUAUUUAUUGUAUCAAUGUAUCAAACGCUUUAGAUCAACUUUCUAUAUAUGAGAGUAUUUUAAGAAUUAUGGAAGGUGUUUUAUGAUUUAUGAAGAACAUGAAAUAAGUUUCUCACAAAAUAUUUUCAACAUUACAUCUUAUUGUUAAGAGACAAGCAAAUGAAAUUGCUGAUAUUAUAACCAUGGUGUCUUCAUUUUAAUCUUAUUCUCAUUUUUAAAAUUUAUUUAUGAUAGUUCACUUGUAUUUCUACUUUGAUUGAUGAUAAAUGAAAUGAUCUUCAUUUCAUGAAAAAAAAGUUGAUUUGUGCGAGCGAGUGAAGAUGAACAAAGUAAAAGUGUUUUUUCACUUCUAGUCUUUGAAAAAAAAUACAUUUAUAUAAGACAAUAAAAUAUACCAAAAUUCAAUUGUGAAUAGGGGUAUUUGGUGGCAGUACAAUAUGAGGUUUAUUUUAUUAAAAAACUUCAUUAUCUUUGUAACACUUUCCAAUACUUUCAAUUUUCUUCCUUACUGAAAGUGAAAGCUUCCUUAAUUUACGUUAAGAAUCCAAUUUCUGUCUUCACCUUAUCUUUUUCUCUUCUAUAUUUUAUAUUAUAUUGAUACUAUUUGCUUUGAUUCGGUUCCAUAAAUCAUUACAAAGUCUCUUUCUCUUCCUCUUCUGUCAUCUCUGUUGAAGACUUGAAAACCAUCACACACAUUCAGAAUGACUAAUGUCGUGGAAGUGAAAGUUGGUUUGCACUGUGACGACUGUAUCAAGAAAAUCCUUAAAGCCAUCAAAAAAAUUCAAGGUGUAUGUGUGGCUUUGCAGAUAUUGAAACGUAUAACGUCGACACAAAGCUGAACAAGGUUAUCGUUACCGGCAACGUCACAACAGAACAAGUUACCAGAGUCCUUCACAAAAUUGGAAAGAAUGCAACUCCCUUUCAAGAAGAUGCAAUUUAGCUUCUCUAGCAUAUACAAUCUUCCUUCUUUGCAAAAAACAUAUUGUACUUCAUAUAUAUGAUUCAAUAAUCUAUCAAUGAUUUGUCUACUUAUUGUGUUAUACACAUGUUUAUUUAUGUUAGACAAUAAUUUUAAUUUAUAAUUAAAAAUAUUUGUUUACACAAUGCCUAACUUUUUUGUACAAAAAUAGAGUUUGCAAGAGAGUGAUUGAUUUCUAUAAUAAGAGAAGUUGAAGGUGAACCAUCAAACAUGUUAUUUCCAAAAUACAAGGAAAGCCUCUUAUUCCUUCGUCAAUCUUAUCAUCUUCUCUCUUUCACCAUUUUCUUCUUCUUGUCUAGGAAAAAUACUGUUAAACAAUAAAGACAAAUUUCAACUGCUAAAAGUUUAUAUAUAAAAAAAAUGGAAAUUAUAAAUUCUACACUAAUAUGUUCAAGUCCUUAUCGUAAUUCUCACAAGAGUGUGUGGAUGUUAGGCAACCCACUUGCUUCCCCCACUCCUCUUCUCUUUCUGCAGGUUUCACUUAUUACUGUUGUUUCACAACUCGUGGAUGCUUGUCUCAAACCACUAGGACAAACCACCCUUGUAUCUCAGAUUCUUGGAGGAUUGGUAUUUGGUCCAUCAAUGUUGGGGCACAAAAAGAUGGUGACAAGAAUCUUAUUCCCUAUGAAAGGUUCUUUAGUACUUAGCACAGUGGCAACUUUCUGCCUCAAUUUCUUCUACUUCAUAUGUUGUGUAAAGAUGGAUACUGCAACAAUGCUGAAAACAGAAAAACAAGCCAUCACAAUUGGUAUUUCUGUAUUCACGUUCGCAUUUGCAAUCCCUCUUGGGUUAUCCUUUGCAUUCACCAGUUUUGUUUCCAUGGACAAAACCCUCGCGGCUGCUCUCCCUUUAAUAGCCAUCUCGCAAAGCUUUACUGUAUUCAUCAGCAUAUCAGUCCUUCUAACAGAGCUUAAAAUCCUAAACACCAAUGUCGGCCGUCUAGCAUUAUCAUCGGCGAUGUUUACCGAUGUUGUUAGUGUCCCUAUGGUAACACUUAUUUUUGCAGUAAUGCAGGUUAAAACUUCUCAUAAGAAUAUGGUUACACUGCUAUGGAUCCUUCUAUCCAUAGGUGCACUCUUGGUUGUUAUCUUCUAUGUAAUGAGGCCGACUAUGAUAUGGUAUGUAGGCCGGUUAAAUGGAAAACCGAUUGACGAAUUUUGUAUUGUCUGUAUCAUUCUGUGUGUUCUCUUCACUGCAUUUUGCAGUGAGUUCAUUGGACAGCACUAUUCUAUGGGACCGAUAUUUUUAGGCUUGGCUGUUCCUGAGGGACCGCCUUUAGGAUCGACUUUGAUAUCGAAAAUGGAAACACUUUCUGUUGGGUUUUUGUAUCCAUUAUACCUUGCUGUCAGUGGAUUGCAGACUGAUAUAUUCAAAAUCAACUUUCAGGCUACUUGGAUUAUAACUGUCAUAGUGGUAGUCGCUUUUGUCGCAAAGAUCAUUGCUGUUAUUUUGCCAGGUUAUUAUUACAAAGUUCCCAUGAAAGAUUGUGUUGUGAUUGGGCUAGUUCUCAAUGGCAGAGGUAUUGCUGAGCUCUCCAUGUACAAUUUAAUGAAGAGCGGCCAGCUACUAACAGGACAAGUGUUCUCUUUUCUGGUGCUGACCCUUAUAUUGAUAAAUGGUAUCAUAUCACCACUGGUAAAAUUGACAUAUAAUUCUUCAGCCGAGUAUCGUUCAGGAAAAAGAAUUUCAAUACAACAUACAAAGCAAGAUUCCGAGCUCCGAAUCAUGGUAUGCUUUAACAAGGAUGAAAACAUCCCAACAAUGUUCAACAUCGUAGAAGCAUCGUGUGCAAGCACAGAGAGCAAUGUUGAAGUUAUAGCAGUUCACUUUGUAGAGCUUCUGAGAAGAUCAAGGCCUCUUCUCCUCGCUCACCAACCGUAUGACACGCUUCCGGUAACCAUUUGUGAUUCAACUCAACUCGACAAUGCAUUGAAGCAAUAUACACAGCUCAAUGAAGGGUGUGCACAUGUUCAAUCAUUCACAUCAAUCUCCGACUUUGACACAAUCCACGAGGAUGUCUGCAGAAUAUCCCUAGACAGAAGAGCCAACAUUUUGAUCAUGCCAUUCCACAAAAGAUGGGAGAUAGAUGGAACGGUUGAGGUAGAAAAUAGAGGAAUCCAAAAAAUAAACAUUAAAGUCCUCGAAAGAGCGCCUUGUUCAGUCGGAAUCCUCAUCGACCGAGCUAUCUUAAGCGGUUCUCCGUCACUUUUAAUAGGUAAAUCAGCAUACUAUGUAGGAGUACUCUUCAUUGGCGGUGCAGAUGAUGCUGAAGCACUAGCCUAUGCUAGCAGAAUGGCUAGACACGAGUGUGUGAAUGUAUCUGUUAUUCGGUUCCUUGUUUUUGGAGAAGCGAAUUCAAAAGAUAGAAAAUAUGAAACUGAUCUUGUAGAUGAAUAUCGAAAUUAUAAUAACAGAAACAGUAGGUUUAAGAUAACCGAAGAAGUAGUGAAAGAUGGAAUCGAGUUUGCUUCUAUAAUUAGAAGAAUGGUAGAUUGUUUUGAUUUAGUUAUGGUAGGGAAGUCACAUCCACAAUCAAUAUUGUUACAUGGACAUGAUCAAUGGAGUGAGUGUCCAGAGUUAGGUGUGAUUGGUGAUAUGUUGGCUUCACAGGGUUUUGUGACAAAGGCAUCUGUGUUGGUUGUGCAACAACAGAGGAUUGGAGGGAGAUUCAUUAACCAUAAUGUUAUACCAAGUCCAAGGGAUCAUCCAGUAGGUAAUGUUACAAUGGAUGAAUCACCAGGACAUUCUUGUUCUAUUUCAGUGGUUAAAUCUGACAUAUAAUGUAUUAGUGAUAUGUAUAUAAUAUGUUGGCUGUUUUAGGAAAUUAUUCCCAAGAUAUAGAGUUAUGAUUCUCUUUUUACUUAUAUUUCAUCAA